AUGGUCAACUCCUGUUGUGGCUCUGUCUGCUCUGAGGAGGGCUGUGGCCAAGGCUGCUGCCAGUCCAGCUGCUGCAGGCCCACCUGCUGCAGGCCUACCUCCUGCCGCCCCAGCUGCUGUGUGUCCAGCUGCUGCAGACCAAGCUGCUGCAGACCCCACUGCUGCCGCCCCAGCUGCUGCAGACCCCAGUCCUGCCAGUCUGUGUGCUGCCAGCCUACCUGCUGCCGCCCCAGCUGCUGCUGCCCCAGCUGCUGCAUCUCCAGCUGCUGCCAGCCCUCCUGUGGUGGUUCUAGCUGCUGUGGCUCCAGCUGCUGCCGCCCCUGCUGCCAGCCCUGCUGCCGCCCCUGCUGCCGCCCCUGCUGCUGCCUGCGCCCAGUCUGUGGUCAGGUCUGCUGCCACAGCACUUGCUACCGCCCGACCUGUGUGAUCUCCACCUGCCCCCGCCCCAUGUGCUGCGCCACUCCCUGCUGCUGA